AUGGCAGCCGAUAGUGCCCCAAGUAACACAGCUGACCAAGUUCUUCAGUUUCUUCAAGAAACCUCCAAGCGGUCUGAGAUCGAAGAUUUUGCAAGCUUAGAGUUUGCCCAGUAUCUCACUGAAACUGAUCCACUCAAACACCUGAGGGAGCAGUUCCACUAUCCAAAAUGCAAGACCCUACCUGAUAGUAAUCCUGACUUCUGUGAUCUUGAAUCUGAAUCCGUUUAUCUUUGUGGGCAUUCUUUGGGACUCUUGCCUAAGCCCACUGAGAGAAUCAUGCAAGAGCAAUUGAAGAAAUGGUCAGAACUAGGAGUUGUGGGUCAUACGACUGGCGAUUUACCUUGGGCCCAUUGUGACGAGAAAGGUGUCCCUGGAGUGGCUCAGUUAGUGGGAGCCAAGGAAGAGGAAGUAGCUAUUUGUAAUGGUUUAACAGUCAACAUCCAUGUUCUUCUGUCAGCAUUCUACCGUCCUACAGAUACGAGACAUAAGAUUCUCAUAGAAUCUAAAGCUUUCCCUUCCGAUCAUUACGCUGUUGAAUCUCAAAUUCGAUUGAAAGGAAGAACAGUCGAAGAGAGUCUGGUUUGCUUGAGUCCUCGCGAGGGAGAAGACAUACUUCGGGAUGAAGACAUCAUUGACUACAUCGAAAAGCAUGGAGAUGAGAUAGCUGUUAUUUGGUUUGCUGGUGUUCAGUAUUACACUGGCCAAUUGUUUGACAUGAAAAGUAUCACCGAGGCAGGACAUCGUAAAGGAUGCCUGGUAGGAUUCGAUUUAGCCCAUGCUUUCAUCAAUGUACCUCUCCAACUGCAUUAUUGGGAUGUGGACUUCGCAGCAUGGUGCUCUUACAAGUAUGGUUGUACUGGAGCAGGAGGCAUAGCUGGUCUCUUCGUUCAUGAACGCUUCAAGAACGAUAAGAGAGACAGAAUGCUGGGUUGGUGGAGUCACAAGAUGUCCAGUCGUUUUAUUAUGGACAAUGUUCUCGAUUUGGAUGAAGGAGCUGCUGGUUACAGAAUCAGCAACCCUCCUAUCCUUCUUGUUGUUCCUAUAAUGGGAAUAUUGGAAGUAUUAAGUACUGUCAAGCUAGAGGAUCUUCGUAGUAGAUCUUGUUAUUUAACCGGAUACCUGGAGUAUCUGAUAAACCAUCACUUCGCUCCUGAUUCACCACAUAGAGUCGGGAAUAUUUCAUGCGAAAUCAUAACACCUUCCAACUUCCAUCAAAGAGGUUGUCAGCUCUCGCUGAAGUUCAACAUACCAAUCGAUGCAAUCUACUCCGAAUUGGUCAAGAGAGGAUGUGCAAUUGAUAAACGGUAUCCUUUCGUCAUCCGGAUAUCGCCUGUCCACUUGUACAACAAUUACGUUGAUUGCCAUCGUUUCGUGUCUGCCCUUUUAGAAUCUGCUGCCGCAGUCCAAGCUCAAGCUCAAUAG